GCUCCCGGACCACAGGAGGACCGCUGCCACCAUGUCUGACCGGGGAACCUUCGACACCAACGUGGUCACCAUGACCCGCUUCGUGAUGCAGGAGGGCAGGAAGGCGAAGGGCACCGGGGAGCUGACCACGCUGCUCAACUCCCUGGGCACGGCAGUGAAGGCCAUCUCCAGCGCGGUGCGCAAAGCUGGGAUCGCCCAUCUUUAUGGGAUUGCAGGUAACACCAACGUGACGGGUGACCAGGUGAAGAAGCUGGACAUCCUGUCCAAUGACCUGGUCAUCAACAUGCUCAAGUCGUCUUUCACCUCCUGCGUUCUGGUGUCCGAAGAGAAUGAAGAGGCCAUCAUUGUGGAUCCUGAACAACAAGGAAAAUAUGUGGUUUGUUUUGAUCCUCUGGAUGGCUCCUCAAACAUCGACUGCCUCGUCUCCAUUGGAACUAUAUUCGGCAUUUACAGAAAGACCACAGAUGACGAGCCGUCUGAGAAGGAUGCUCUGCAGCCGGGCAGGAACCUGGUGGCGGCGGGCUACGCGCUGUACGGCAGCGCCACCAUGAUCGUUCUCUCCACUGGACAGGGAGUCAACUGCUUCAUGCUCGACCCAGCCAUCGGUGAAUUCAUCCUAGUCGAGCAUGACGUGAAAAUCAAGAAACGGGGGAAGAUUUACAGUCUGAAUGAAGGCUAUGCUAAGUAUUUCGAUCCGGCUGUCACAGAGUACCUGCAGAGGAAGAAGUUCCCUGAGGACGGCAGUGAGCCGUACGGCGCGCGCUACAUCGGAUCGAUGGUGGCCGACGUCCACCGGACGCUGAUGUACGGAGGAAUCUUUUUAUACCCAGGAAAUGUGAAAAGCCCCAAAGGAAAGCUGCGGCUGCUGUAUGAGGGAAACCCGAUGGCGUUCAUCAUGGAGCAGGCGGGCGGCAUGGCGUCCACCGGCUUCCAGAACAUCCUGGACAUCCAACCUGAAGGCAUCCAUCAGCGCGCCCCGGUGGCCAUGGGCUCCCCCGACGACGUCCAGGAGUUCAUCGCUAUCUGCAGAAAACAUGCGGCGAAGUGAGGCGGGCGGCGCCGAGUCACUGCACGCACAGACACCUGUGGUGCCUUUCUGUGACCAAAAAGAUUUGGGAGAUUUUCUCUGUGAAAACGGGUUUUGAUGAGUAAAGCUCACGAUGUUUGAGAUGUUCAUAAGCUUCAGGAAAAUAAACUGAAAUGAAGACUUUACCCUUCAGUUUACAAAUAGCUGCCUUAAUCAGCAGAAAUAUGCAUUUAAAUAUGCAAAUGACCAAAUAUAACAUAUUAACCAAAA